AAAUCCACUGAUACCUAUUUUGUCGAAGAAUCGCGUUUAGAGAGAGAUCGAAGAUACCCCUUCCCUUUCGAUGUAAAAUUUUGCGGGAAUACUAAAGAGGAAGGGAAUAAUCUCCUUGGCGCCAAAGCUUCACAUUUACUUCACCCCACUGAAACUAUACUCAAACCGCCGUUAAAACGAGUGAUCUAAGACUUUCUGAGGAUAAACAAGUUGCUAAAAUCAUAGUGCCCUAUUGAUAGCCCUUGCUGUAACGGUCAACCCCAAAAGUAGUCUUUUUCUUCGGUAAUAACCAAGUAAUCGGGACAUAACCCAGUAGAGUUAUAUCUUCGGUAUAAAAACAAAAAUUAUCAAAAAAGCUUUUCACCAGAAUGGCUACUAUUUCACCGAGCAAAAACAGCAAGCAGCUUUUCACAGUCUGUAUAGAGGGAAACAUUGGCAGUGGUAAAACGACAUUUCUAAAUCAUUUCAAAACAAAUAAAAAUAUGCUAGUCCUCCAAGAACCAGUAGAGCUUUGGCGUGAUGUACAAGGUGUAAAUUUAUUGGAUAAAAUGUACAAGGAUCCAGCCAGAUAUGGGUUUAUCUUCCAAUCGUACGUGCAGCUUACGAUGCUGCAAUUGCAUACACAAAAAACACAUUUGCCUUUCAAAGUGAUGGAGCGGUCCGUGUACAGCGCACGUUGCUUCAUCGAGAAUAUGAAACGUACGAAAACGUUGGAGCAAGUAGAAUUAAGUGUUUUGGAAGAGUGGUACGAUUGGUGUCUCAAUUCUGCUGAUAUUCAAACCGACUUAAUAGUGUACCUCAGGACAUCUCCAGAGGUAGUUUACGAAAGGAUGCGCGCACGUGCUCGUAAAGAGGAGGAUUGCGUGUCACUGGAAUACCUGAAACAGAUCCAUCAGGUUCACGAAGAUUGGCUGUACAAUCGUACGUUACAUUGCUUACCUGCCCCGGUGAUGGUGCUAGAUGCUGACAAAAGCUUGAAUGAGAUGUUAGUUGAAUCUGAGAAGUGUAGGCAUAAGAUAUUUGAAAAUAGAGAAAAAUUGCUCACAGAAAGCAAGGAUAAUUGCAAAAGAAGACUAUGUUGCCACUGAUUUCAACUUAGUGUUCGUUUAAAAUUGAAUUUCCAUUAAUGACUAAUGAUAAUAUUUGAUGAAUUAAAUUGUCCAAAAUAUGUUGUAAAUGCUAGGCAAAUUUAUUUUUAGCUAGAUUAUCAAUAUUUUGAUUUGAGGUACUGAAGGCGCGUCAAAGUUACGUACAUACGUAACUCAGUAGCUAAUCUAAUCUGUAGUAAAGAUCUAUUUUAAAAAAGGACAACCUAGGUAUACUUUUCGUGCACAUACAUCACAGACUGGUAUAACAUACUUCAUUCACGAAGCAGGAUACCGUUUUUUACGUCUUAUUCCUUACAAAGAUGGCUUGAUUGUACAUAUUAACUAAUCGGAAUUAACUUUCAAAUAAGCUGAAUAGCUAGAUGAAACAAUGAAGAAUCUUAGCUCAGGUCAUCUUUGCUCUAUGCAUUUUAAAACUUACUUAAUAAUAAGGAUGCUAGUUCAAUUAUGAUUUCCUUAUUUCCUACAAACUCAAUAUUUUUGAUAUAAGAAUUGACUUCAGUUGAAGACUGUAAUUGACGGAAUAUAUUUGAAUGUCAAUGCUAAACAUAUUUACCUAACCUCAGGACAUAACUCUUCACUGCAGUGCUUUGCAUAUCUGCAUUAUUGUUCAAUUCUAUUGGGUGAAGGGAUAAGACUUCCUCCAUUCGUCGUAUGUUUGGAAUGAGUAGUACUAAGGCAUUUGAAAAAUCGAAUAUAGAUAAUAAUCAAUUGAAUAUUUUAUUAUGCAUACCUAUGUGUUAUAUACAAUUGUAAAAAUUAACACAGCAAUAAAGAGUUCAUAUAUUUAUAA